CUGUCGUCCGUCACUUCAUCAAACCGUCCAUAUUUCCCCAGCUCAUCACUCCGUUCUUCAGUUUACUGUUCUCUCUCAACUCCUUCCCCCGCUUCUCUCUUAAACACACACAUCUCGCUCUGAAAAUGGCGAAAACCAUCGUCGAUCACCGACGCUCUUCACCACAGCAUCGCAAUGAUUGGUCAUUUUCAACGCGAUUUCUAUACCUAUGAGUAAAUUCAAACUCACUACAGCAGAACACAUACUUUCGCUUACUAUUUAAUGUUCGAUUGAAUCGUUCAUCUUUAGCUUUAGAUUUAUUUCAAGCUCUAACUCCAAAAAGAUCGAAUAUUCGGCACUUUUUUGAGCUCUCAAACCCGCUCUUCUGUUUGUUGCACAGUUUUCGUUCUGUUAUAUAUAUAUAUAUAUAUUUAUGAUCACUGAUAGUGGUAGUUAUUCGAAGAUAAUGCCUGACAUUGGAGCGCCAUCGAUGCUUCAAAGCACCAAUUAUGGCGGAGAGUUAGAUAUGUUGCUGAGAGAGCAACAGAGACAAGAAAUGAGUGAUGAUCGAGAGAGGGAACUGAGUCUGUAUCGUAGUGGUUCAGCCCCUCCGACCGUCGGAGGAUCGCUGACUGCUGUGGGAGGCUUGUUCCAUCAUAAUUCUGGCGGGGCCAUAAAUUUUGGGGGUGUUUCGGAGGAGGAGCUGAGGUCUGAUCCAGCGUACAUAUCGUAUUACUAUUCGAAUGCGAAUAUAAAUCCCAGGCUUCGGCCGCCUCUGUUUUCCAAGGACGAAUUGAGGUUUGCACAGCAAAAGAACUGUAGCAACGGAAAUUUGGGCUUGGGGGGAAUUGGUGAUAGGAGGAAGAAAGAAGAGAGUGGAAUUGAGUUAAGGAAGCCGCAAGGUGCAACGGAGUGGGGUGGUGAUGGACUCAUUGGAUUGCAGGGGUUGGGAUUGGGAAGUUCAAAGAAGUGCAUUGCAGAGAUCAUUCAGGAUGAUGCAAGUCAUGCAACAUCUGUUUCUAGACAUCCUUCUCGUCCAGCUACCCGUAAUGCAUUUGAUGAGAGUGUUGAAUCUUCUGAAUCCCAUUUUGCUCAUCUGCAUAAUGAAUUGGCAUCAAUGGAUGUUUCACUUUCUGGUGCAAAUAUUCAAGCCACGCCUGCAGUCCAAAACAUUGGUGCACCAGCUUCUCAUUCUUAUGCAUCUGCUAUGGGUGCCCCCUUGUCUAGAAGUACCGGUCCCGACCCUCAACUUAUGGCUAGGGCUCUGAGUCCUUGCAUCCCGCCUGCUGGAGGAGGGAAGGCUGGCUCUAUGGAUAGAAGAAGUGUCACUGGUCCAAACUCAUCGACUGGCGUGUUGCCUGGUAUAGAUGAACCUGCAGAUCUAGUUGCUGCAUUGUCUGGCAUGACAUUAGCAAUGAAUGGCAAGAUAGAUGAAGAGAACCAUUCUUGCUCUCGAAUUCAGCAUGAGGUUGAUGAUCACCAGAACCUCUUUAAUUGGCUAGACAAUAAGAACCAUAGUAAACAACAUCCAUACCAAAAUACAUCUGAAUCUGGGAAUUUUCAUGCGCGUUCCAUUUCACAAUCAGCCAAAGGAUCAUAUCCUAAUAUGGGUAAAAGUAAUUGGGUUGGUAUGAAUUUGAACCACUCUUCCUUUGUUGCUGAUGGACAAGUUGAAAUUCACAAACCAGCUGUGUCUACAAACUUGUAUCUAAAAGGAUUUUCAACACCAACUCUCAAUAGCAGAGGAAGUUUAUCUUCAAACUAUCAGAAUUUGGAUGGUCCAAAUUCAUCAUUUUCAGUCCAUGGCUUAAGUGGGUAUGCCAUUAACCAUACAUCACCAUCCACAAUGUUACUGCCUGCCUUUGAAAAUGCUGCUGCUGCUGCAUCAGCGAUGCGUAUAUCUGGCAUGGACUCUACAGCAUUUGGUGGAGGUUUGGAUUUGGGACCAAAUUUAAUAGCUACAGCAGCAGAAUUGCAGAAUCUUCGCAGAACUGGAAAUCACUGUGCAGGGAGUACUCUUCAGGCACCCCUCACAGAUCCCUCAUAUCUUCAGUACUUGAGAUCAACUGAGUAUGCUGCUGCACAGAUUGCGGCCCUCAAUGACCCAUCUAUGAAUAGGGAAUGCAUCAGUAAUUCAUACAUGAAUUUACUUGGAUUUCAAAAAGCUUACCCGGGGCCAUUGCUUUCACCUCAGAAAACACAGUAUGGCCUUCCCUACCAUGGUAAAUCUGGUAGAUUGAAUUAUUAUGGUAACCUGGCAUUUGGUGUGGGCAUGUCCUAUCCUGGAAGCCCUUUGGCAGGUCCCCCUUUCCCAAGCUCCCCAAUUGAAUCAAGAAGUCCAGUAAAGCUUGGUGAUUCUAACAUGCGUUUUCCUUCAGGCUUGUGCAACUUUUCUGGGGGUGUCAUGGGAUCUUGGCACUCAGAAGGCGGUGGUAAAUUUGAUGAAAGUUUUGCAUUCUCAUUAGUAGAUGAGUUCAAGAACAAUAAAACUAAGUGUUUUGAGCUUUCAGAAAUUGCAGGUCAUGUUGUUGAAUUCAGCGUUGAUCAGUAUGGGAGUAGGUUUAUCCAACAGAAACUUGAAACUGCCACAAUAGAAGAGAUAAACAUGGUUUUCAAUGAAAUUAUGCCUCAAGCUCUUACACUGAUGACUGAUGUGUUUGGUAAUUAUGUGAUACAGAAGUUUCUUGAACAUGGAACUGCAUCUCAGUUAAGAGAACUAGCUGAACAGCUCAGCGGGCACGUCCUGACCCUUAGCCUUCAAAUGUAUGGCUGUCGAGUGAUCCAGAAGGCUAUAGAAGUUGUCAAUCUGGACCAGCAGACUAGAAUGGUUGCAGAGCUUGAUGGUCAUGUCAUGCGCUGUGUACGUGAUCAGAACGGGAAUCAUGUCAUUCAGAAGUGUAUUGAAUGCAUACCUCAAGAUGCCAUUCAAUUCAUCGUCGCAAUAGUUUAUGAUCAAGUUUUGACACUGUCUACCCAUCCAUAUGGUUGUCGUGUCAUACAGAGAGUCCUGGAGCAUUGCAAAGACCCAAAAACCCAAUAUAUAGUGAUGGAUGAGAUUUUGCAGUCUGUUUGCAUGUUGGCGCAGGAUCAAUAUGGGAAUUAUGUAGUUCAGCAUGUGCUUGAACACGGGAAGCCACAUGAACGUUCUGCUAUAAUUAAUAAACUUAUUGGACGGAUAGUUCAUAUGAGCCAACAAAAGUUCGCCUCCAAUGUUGUAGAGAAGUGUUUGACUUUUGGAACUCCCGAGGAAUGCCAAAUCCUGGUGAAUGAGAUGCUUGGCUCCACGGAUGAAAAUGAGCCGCUUCAGGCAAUGAUGAAAGAUCAGUUUGGAAACUACGUCGUGCAGAAAGUGCUGGAGACUUGUGAUGACCAGCAACUUGAACUGAUUCUUAACCGAAUAAAGGUUCAUCUGAAUGCUUUGAAGAAGUACACUUAUGGAAAGCACAUAGUUGCACGUGUAGAGAAACUUGUUGCAGCUGGAGAACGGAGGAUUGGCAUUCUGUCAUCAUUGUCUGCUUUGACAGUAUAGCGAAGAAGUUGUACAGCUAACUUAGUAUGAACUCCCUCUUAUUUCCUUCCUUUCAUGUCUUUGUAUGGCUCUAUCUGCUGAUUCAGAUGGAUAGGCGUGUUUAUUGUAAUUAAAAAUUGUACAUUAUUUAAUUCCGAGGAUAUACCUAGAAUCAGGCUAUGGGUAGCUCAAAUGGUGAGCAAACCUGAUGUCCCUGCAGAGAAGAGAAGUUAUUGUACAAGUUUAAGGGUGUAAAAAGGAAAUGUAGUGGAGUUGUGAUCGUAAUUGUACAAAUGCUGCCAGGUGGAGAUCCCUUCUUGUUAGGAGAGUCCAUAAAUUUUCUUAUAUGUUGGAUUAAAAAUUUACUUAAAGAACUUUUUGCCAGGCUUGUGGUUGAGAGUCCUCAUUUGGUUGCUCUAUUUUUUUUUAUUUUAUGUUUUACGUUGUGAAUGA